AUGUGACUGCUAAAUUGAUGGCUUUUUUCAUUCAGACAUAUAAAUGUACUUUGAUUACUGUAUUUUAUCUUUUUAGUAUUCUAAGCAUAUAUUUUGUGUGAUAUUUGGAGUUGUAUUUCAGGUGUACAGCAGGAAACUCUGAAAUAUGGAGCUUCUAGAGAUGCUGAUCACCCCGAACUUGGACAACCACCAGCUUUAGAAUUUUGGAAGAACAUGUCAGAAUCACUGGAUUCAGAGUAAAAAAUUACUGACCUGUUAAAUAAAAUUAGAAGAGUGGGUUUUUGUUCACAUGUGACUUGGGCACUGGUUAGUGUCAUCCAUAAUAUGCCACUUGGCCGACAGAAACCUGAAACAUGAUGUGUAGCAGUGAGAGUAGAGAGUGUGGCAACCACCAUUUGUUGGUGUUCUCACUGUAGAUUUAAAAGCUAAUUCACCUGGAUUGGAUAAUCUUCAUGUCACCAGGUUCUACCUAGAUUAGGCUUGUUUUGCGAAUGGGAGAAGAUUGUUAUGUUCAGCUGCAAUGUAGUGCUGGGUUAGAGAUUACAAGUGACCGCUGCCUUGGAAGCUAUUCCCUUUUCCUUGUGCCUUGCUUGAUACUUCCAUUUUGUUUCCUAGAGUGUCCUGUUUUGCUCUUCUUUGGUGUGAUAAUGACAUGGAUGGGCUAAAAUGUAUAAUGGCACUGCUGGGAGGAUCUGGGCACACGUAUCGAGGUCACCGAUCAAAACAGUCUUUUGAUAUUCUCGGGGUAAAGUUGUAUAGUUCUCACCCCUGGAUCUCACAAAUAUGGAAGCCACGUCCAACAAAUGCUAGCAUGUCUUAUUUCUGGAUAACCUGCUUGUGGGGUUCCCACACCCCCCCCACCCCCCAAAAAAAAAAAAACCAUUUUAUUUGUUAAUAUUUCCCUAUUUUUAAUUAAAUUUAUUUUUUCUUUUAGUAGUCAGACAUCAAGAAAAAAAGAAUUCUACUCUUUUCAAUUAUUUUCUUUUUUCAUGAUUUUUUUUCUGCUCUUUUCUAUUCUCGAUAUCCAAACACAGCCAAUGAAUGAGCCCGUUCCGAUCCGCAGCCACCUCAGCAGAGAGAGAGAGAGAUGGAGCGGCCCGAGACUGCGGGUACUAGAGCAACUAAAAUAUUUCAUCAAAUCUGCCCCUGCAACACACUGCUAACUCCGCCUCCUGCAAGUCUGCAACGGACCUGUCGAAACCUCCAACCCAGAAACUAAAGCAACUAAUAUUUCCAUCUGAAACUGAAAGCAAUUGAAUUGAAGAAUGCAGGCUUCGAUCUCUCUUUCCGUUGCGUCUCACUCCUCGCCCGCCAUUACUAGAUCCGAACGUACUGUAGAGUUCAUCAGUAACAAUGCUCUCAAGCCUAUGAAACUCCGUUUCUGUGGUCUCAGAAGAGAGGCACUUGAAUUUAAUGCCUUGAAGUGGCCUGAUUCUCGUCCAGCUGCGUCGUCCGGACGAAGCUCCUCGAGGAAGUUUUCAGCUUCUUUGUCGGACAAUGGAGUUCCCUCCAAGGGAUUUGACUACGAUUUGGUUAUUAUUGGUGCUGGCGUCGGCGGUCACGGAGCUGCUUUUCAUGCUCUCGAGAAGGGGCUGAAAACUGCCAUCAUUGAGGGAGAUGUGGUGGGGGGAACAUGUGUAAACAGAGGUUGUGUUCCUUCUAAAGCUCUUCUUGCUGUGAGUGGUCGGAUGCGCGAGUUUCAGAGUGAGCAUCACUUGAAGGCAUUGGGUUUGCAGGUUUCAUCUGCUCGGUAUGACAGACAAGGAGUUGCUGAUCAUGCAAAUAAUCUUGCUUCCAAAAUUCGUAAUAACUUGACAAAUUCACUGAAAGCAAUCGGUGUGGAUAUACUAACAGGUGUUGGCACAAUUUUGGGUCCACAAAAGGUGAAAUAUAGAAAAGUUGGCUUCUCUGACAAUGUCAUAACUGCAAAAGACAUAAUCAUUGCGACUGGUUCUGUUCCUUUUGUCCCCAAGGGUAUAGAAGUGGAUGGAAAAACUGUAAUCACCAGUGAUCAUGCACUGAAGCUGGAGUCUGUUCCUGAUUGGAUAGCAAUUGUAGGAAGUGGUCACAUUGGCCUUGAAUUCAGUGAUGUGUAUACAGCACUUGGAAGUGAGGUUACUUUUAUUGAAGCGCUGGAUCAGCUUGUGCCUGGCUUUGAUCCUGAGAUUGGAAAGUUAGCCCAGAGAACUCUCAUAAACCCUCGUAAAAUUGAUUACCAUACUGGUGUAUUUGCAAGCAAGAUCACUCCAGCAAAGGAUGGAAAACCUGUCACCAUUGAGCUUAUUGAUGCAAAGACUAAGGAGCCAAAAGAUACUCUGGAGGUGGAUGCUGCACUUAUAGCAACCGGAAGGGCUCCAUUCACAAAAGGACUUGGCUUGGAGAAUAUUAAUGUAGAAACACAACGUGGUUUUGUUCCUGUUGACGAGCGCAUUAGAGUAAUUGACAAGAAUGGCAAUCUGGUUCCACAUGUAUAUUGCAUUGGUGAUUCAAAUGGGAAACUGAUGCUUGCACAUGCUGCAAGCGCACAAGGGAUAUCUGUUGUCGAACAAGUCUCUGGGAAGGAUCAUGUGCUAAACCAUUUGAGCAUCCCUGCAGCCUGCUUCACUCAUCCUGAAAUUAGUAUGGUUGGCUUUACAGAGCCUCAAGCAAGGGAGAAAGGUGCAAAGGAAGGAUUUGAAGUAAGUGUUGCCAAGACAAGCUUUAAGGCUAACACGAAGGCCCUAGCAGAAAAUGAAGGAGAGGGGCUGGCUAAGUUGAUAUACAGGCCUGACAAUGGAGAGAUUUUAGGAGUUCAUAUUUUUGGGUUGCAUGCUGCAGACCUGAUCCAUGAAGCCUCCAAUGCAAUAGCCUUGGGCACACGCGUUCAGAACAUUAAGUUUGCUGUUCAUGCACAUUCAACCUUGUCAGAAGUGCUUGAUGAGCUCUUUAAAUCAGCCAAGGUUGUCUCUGAAAGCCGUACAUCUCAUAAUAGAUCGGCCCAACCACCACAAAAUGGAAUGCCUUGCACCUCUGUUCGGAAGAAGAAUCAGGCCCCAAUUUUGCAGAUUAUGUCAUUUGUAUUUGAGUACCUAUCUCGACUAAUUAAUUGGUUAUGCAGUUUUGUAAUUAAACUCUUACAUUAAGGCACGCAGUAUUAGUGAGUCCAUUUAUUUAUUAACUAAUUUAAAAAAUUUGUAACCGCUUUUCUUUUCAUAUUGUAGAGAAAAAUUUGUCUAACAUUUGUUUUAUGACAUCAGUUGUUUCAAUUAGAGGGUUAUGAUAAAAUGUUCAAAACCACUCAAUAAGAGUUGAGGCAUCCAUAUAUGCGAUUGAUCACUCGCUGCUAGAUGAGUAGUCAUGACACGAGUUAUUAUUUAGAA